AUGGAUGAUAUGGAUGAAAGUCUUCAGGACUUUCUCGUCACAACUUUAAUCGAGAAAGAAAAGAAAAAGUCUAUUAAGCGCAGAAGUGUUGGUUGGAAUGCAUUGAAUCCGUCAAUCACCGAGGUAGUGCUUGACGAUCCUGUUGCUCAAUUCAAAAAAGACUAUUCAAAUGCUAAACCGUAUGAAUGGGAUAUGUUUCUGUACAUGUUAGCAAACGGAAAGCUAUUGUCGAUGUCGCUGAAGCAAAUGGAAAGAGAAGAUGGUGAAAUCGGAAGCAGUGAAGAUGAACAAAUCGAGGAUUCAAUCAUCAAAAGAAAAGGAAAUGGAAAAAUCGCUGCACAUACUUCUACUGGUCACCUAAUAAAACCUUCCAAGGAGAAGGAUGAUAAUCCCAACAGGAAGCGUAACGACCGCAAUGAACGCAAUGAACGCAAUUAUCCUUCAAGAGUAAGCCAUGAUGAAAGAAAAAAUGAUACUGAGGAACGAAUCAGGGGAAAUGUUGAUUCUCACAAAAGAAGAAAUAGCUAUAGAGAUGAUGACGGCAGAAGAAGCCGCGAUGAAAAUGAAAGGAGAAGAAGACGAGAUGACCGAGAUGAUGGGUUUAGAAGGCGUAACGAGAGAAACUAUGAGAUGAGGAGACGUGAUGACAAAUACGAUGAACGCAGAAGAAGAUGUGAUAGUAGGGAUUAUGAUAGCAGAAGACGUGAGUACAAAGAUGAAGAAUACAGAAGAAGGCGUGAUGAUAGUGAUUAUUACACGAGAAGACGAGAUCGUAGAGACGAUGAAUCAAGGAGAAGGCGUGAUGACAGGGAUUACGAUGUAAGAAGAAGGCAUGAUGCAAAAGACGAAGAAUACUAUAGGGGGCGUGAUGACAGUGAUUAUGAAUUGAGAAGAAGACGUGAUGACAGUGAUUAUGAAUCGAGAAGAAGACGUGAUUACAGUGAUUAUGAAUCGAGAAGAAGACGUGAUGAUAGUGAUUAUGAAUCGAGAAGAAGGCGUGAUGACAGUUAUUAUGAUUCCAGAAGAAGACGUGAAGACUGGGGUCGUACUGAAAGAAGAAGAUAUUAUGAGAAAGAUGAAGAAUACAGCAGUAGGCGUGAUAAGAGAGAAAACGAUGAUAGAAGAAGACAAGAUGACAGAGAUGAAGAAUCCAGGAGAAGACGUGAUGAUAGAUCUGACGACACGAGAGCGAGAAAACGUGAAAACGUCGAAGAAUCCAGAAAAAAAUACAACGAAAGAUACUAUGAUUCGAAAAGGGACGAUAACAAAGAUGAGGAGUACAGUAGAAGGCGCGAUGACAAUGGUAAUAAUGUGAGGAGAAGAACCAGUGACAAAGAUAUUGAUUCUAAGAGAAGUUAUGACGACAGAAACGAUGACAGUAAGAAGAUGAAGGACGACAGGAAUAUGAACGUCAGCAAAGGACAAAAUAAUGAUAGUGACAACCGUAAGAGAAGAUAUGAUGACAAAGGAGCUGACAGUAAGAGGAAAUGUGAUGAGAAUAAUGAAAUUCUCAAGAAUAAAGGCGAGAAAAAAGACAAUGACAAUGACAAUAACAGAGUUAGAAAAGACGACAAUAAUAACGAUAAAACAGCAAAAAAUCGUCAAAUUAAAAACAGCAGCAACGACGAAAAUGAAAAGUUCAUAGAGGAAAAAGAUGAAUUCAAGGUUAAAAAACGUCCUCUUAAACCAAAAUACGCUCCUCACAAGGAUAUGAUUUCUUCGCCUAUGGACAUGAGCGCCUAUACGAUCAGUCGCAGUCCUUCUAUGGAAUCACGUACUUCUUGGAAAUCUUCUUCAGAAACAUCCAUUUCUUCCACAACUUCUACGCACUCAUCCGCUUCUUCCUCAGAUUCCUCGGAUACAUCUUUCUCUUCUCUAAAUCUUACGAACAAAUCCACAGCUUCAAAGUCGCUUUCCGACACAUCCAUCUCCAGUGAAGUAUCUACCGACACUUCCGCUACUUCCAAUGUUUCCGCGGACAAAUCCGCUUCCCCCAAGGAUAUCCCUGAACUGAACACACCUGUACAUAUUCAUGAGGAAAUGUGCGAUCUCCAUGAGGACAUGCCUGUAGAGAUAGAAUAG